AUGACCCCUGUGCGGUGGCAUCUGGACGGUUUAAAAAAAGACCUGUCAUUUCUGGCUAAGUCCGCGAACCAUGCUGAGGGGAUUCUCAGAUCUCCUGACUGUCAACACAUUCUGAAUGCUGCGAGGGCCCUAGAAGAGGGCAAGUAUGUGGCCAGAACACUCUUCGCAUUUAUGUUCAUUCAGCAGGUGAAGGUCAUGAACCGAGCACACUGGGGCGGUGGAAUAUUUGAGGUUCCAGCUAAUGCUGUCCAGGGGCACGAAUAA